UCUACACAACAAUGGCAGUGGAGCGAUAGUUUUGACUAUACCUCGGUGUUUGAGAGGUUGACGUCCCUCAUUGAAGUGGUGGAAAACAACUUGAUCCAGUUCAAGAUGGAGAGGAAGUGGUUCCUUGCCACACUUAGGGACCAUUCUCGACUAUAUCGUAAAGAUUGGAGCCAGGCAGAUGGAGCGGAUGAAGAGGACCCCGGACGCAUGCGGUACAACUCACUGCUGCUGGUACUGUCACUAAAGCUUGGCCUAGAGAAGCUGUGGCCCCCUGACGGCUGCCUCCCCUUACAGGAGGACCUUAUCCAGGAUUUUCUCAUUCGGCUUAACACAACCUUCGCCCUCACCGAACUCAACCAGACGGACCCCAUGUUUGAGUUCCUGGCUAAGAACUCGCCCCACUUACGCCACCUCUUCAUGCCUUUGAGUGAAAGCUCGUUCAAGGUACUGGUGUACAGGAAUUUGCGUGUCCUGGAGCUAGCAGGCGGGGUAUCUGACAAGGUCCUUUGCAAUGGCUUGUGGAACAUCGACAAGAAGAGUGAGAAAGUCUUGGACAUGGUCUUAAAGGACAAUAAGGAAAAUUCAAGCUGGCAAUUAGCCCUCCCACACCUGGAGGUAUUGCGGAACAACAUGCUGCUCAAAAGCCAGAAUGCGAUGCGCAUACCAGUUGGAGCCGUUGCCUUAGCCCUGCAGCCCAAGAUGGAGACAGUCGAGACUCUUACUUACUGGAAUACGUUUGACGCUGUGCUCUACCUGCUGGAUAUGGAAGCCAAGCACAAGAAUGGAGGUAAUGGGAGCCGCAAGUUAAAUGUGACCGUCCUGGCCGUGAAUUGCCAAGACAUGAAUUUUGAUCAGAUCAAACGGGCAACAAAGACAUGCCCCAAACUGUCAUAUAUGAGACUCAUGAACACAGAAAAUAUUAGGCCAAGUAUACCCCUCCUGUGCUCAAUUGCUCCGAUGAAACAGGUAAAGAAGCUUGACCUGGAGGCAAUGGCCCUCACAGACCUGGAGUUGACAGUGCUGCUGGCGGAAAUGGCCAGCUUGGAGAUCCUAAACCUCCGCGUCAUGCCCCAGGACAUUGUGCGGUUCAACCUCCCCGUCAAUUAUUUUGAGGGUGAUGUCCCCGAGGAGGAUGCAAAGAAAAUGUCCAUGUUCCCGUCCAUCAAGAACCUGACCCUAGAGUUCAUGUCCAACAAUGUUCAGGAGGAGUACAGCACGGACAAGAUCGUCAAUUUCCUCUCCGCUUUCCCCUGGGUUAAGGAACUGUACCUGAGCAACACUCUUCUAGCUCCACCAGCAUUUUUGGUCUAUGGAUGCAUAGGAGGGUCCCUAGCUGUGUUAAAGAAACUGACACACCUGUCGGUAAUCUCGUGCCAUGAGGAUGUGCCGCGUGAGCUACCUGCACACAGUGAUGCUCUCCUCAUGGAUAGAGACAUUGAUUACAAACAGCUGAUUCGCCAUUGUACAGACGUGCCCGUCAUGCUGAUGGAUCUUCAGGACGAAGUGACAUUUAAGUACUUACGUGGAUUAAAGAGCCUUGUGAUCGACGAGUUUUACCUACACCGAUACAUGGAUUACAUGAUACAAUCGCUGAGAUUAUGUGGAGUCCAUGUGUCUGUUUUAUAUCGUUCUGGAGUGAAGAAAGGACCCAAUAGGGGUGCAUAUGACAAAGUUAAGAUGAUGAACCUCACCGAGAUGGAAGAAAAUGACGUACACGUUGUCAAGAAGUACGUCCACGUCAAGAAGUACAAAAAGGUUAUACACUGAUGCAGGGUUCUUCUGAAGAUAAUAGGAUUAUUGGCAGUUGGGAUAUGGAAAUUAAUGCUUGCUUGUGUAAUUUUUAAAUGGUGGAAUGAUACCAAAAUAAAUUUUAAGAAUUUA